GCUUGUGUAAAGGAGUUUCGGUAAUGAAAACAUUUAAUAUUUAGUUCAUUAUUGUAAUAAAAUAAGUGUUUACAUAUAACUCACAAAACGUGUAUAAGGCAAGAUUGGACAUAAGACGCUACAUUUGCAAUAAACAGCAUUAACGGUGAAAAUUGCACUAAAAGCUGCACUCUCACAGAUUUUAACAACUUUUUUUAAUUUUUGUCUUGGAACGAGUCAAUUUUUGCGAAAAUGCAUGAAAACCAGUUAUACUGGUUGAGAAGCAGUUUCCGACGGAAAGCAGUUUCCGACAAUUCGCCUUUUAGCGUACUUUCUUUUGAUCUUCAUAAAGAAGGUACUGCAACUCAAUUCUAUGGUUACUAGGCAAUCAAAAGUUGGAGUUCUUACCAAGACACUAAACUGGGUAUAGACAACAUGCCAAAACAAUAUUCUGGUCAUGAUUUGAAGCAUGCGAUUGCCAGCGUCCGUCGGGGGCAUUUAAGUAUGUCAAAAGCUGCAAAGGAAUUCUGUAUUCCAAGAACAACCCUACAUGACCAUGUAAAUAAUCCUGACCUCCGCACUAAAACAGGGCCUCCAAAGCAGCUGUCUGAGGAAGAUACUCAGGCAUUUGUCAACUUCUCUAUGUACUGCGCAGCCCAACAUCUACCUCUAUCUAGAGAAAGAGCCCGCUGUUUCAUUCUGGACAUUGUCAAGAGAUCUGAGAAACCCUGUCUAUUUAAUAUGGAACAUGGUCCUAGCGACGAGUGGUUUAGAAAACUGGAAGCCGAAUAUCACGCCAUCCGUUUUCGAACAGCACGGAAUGAGGACCGUUCCAGGACUACCAUGUCCAAUAAGAAGGUCAUGGAUGAAUUUUUCCUGUUUUGGGUGGCACAACUUGAAAAACAUGGAGUAACUGCAAAGCCAGCACAGAUCUUCAAUUGCGAUGAGACAGGGUGGUGUGGAAAGGAAGAGAGCAAAGUCAAAGUAAUUGCUCCGCGUACGGGGCCAGUCAAGCAGAGACGUGUGCUGACGGCCGACCACGUGACGGCCCUUCUUUGCGUGUCUGCAGAUGGGAAGACAACGCCACCCUGUAUAAUUUACAAGGAGAGUUUCCCACACCGCACCUACAGAGAGGGUGUGCCCGGAUCAUGGCUAUUUGCAGUGAGUGACACGGGGUAUGUGAACACUGAGAUCUUCUGUCAGUGGUUUCUGCGUGGGUUUAUCCCUAACUGCGGUAAGGAACGCCCCGUUGUUCUCCUCAUGGACAACCACGACUCGCAUAUCAGCUUACCGCUAAUACAGGCUGCACGGGCAAACGACAUUGUCCUUGUCGGGCUUCCAAGCCACACCACUCACCUUCUACAGCCACUUGACGUUCACAUUAAUGGUCCAUUGAAGCAGAGGGUUUCAAAGAUAUGCAACAAUCUCGGAUUCCUGAGACCAGGUGUGGCCAUAUCGAAGGCGAAGCUCCCGGUCAUAAUUUCACAUGCACUCGACCAGACAUCUCCUUCCAGCAUAAAGGAGGCUUUCAGGCUAUCGGGCAUCUUCCCAGUGGACAGGAAGCAGAUAACAGAUGCCGAGCUGGUUCCACCAACCAUAGACGUAUCUCUACCACAAGAUACCGAACCGAUCCGUAGCUGUCAUGCCUGUGGUAGCUUUAUCGGGGAUAAUCCUCUUGUUAAGAGAGGGCUGGUGCCAAGACAUCUUUGGGACAUAUUAGUGCCACCACCAAUGCCGGCUGCCCCGAUUAAGAAACCAAGCGCCAAGAUUGUGGCGACAGGAAGAGUGAUAUCGAGCGACGAUAUAUUAGAGUCGUUGAAGGCGAAGGAAACUGAGGCUGCAGAAAGGUUGCUGCAGAAACACGCGCGAAGGAAAGGGAGGAGAAGAGGAAACAGCGUUUAGAUCAUGAGGCAGAGCGGUUGUCGAAAAGGCAGCGGAGGGAACAUGAGAAAAGGGAGAAAGAUUUAGAGCGCGAGAACUUGAGACGUGAAAGACAGACAUUUGGUAGACUGGCCGAUAAAAAAUAUACGUGUGGGUUGUGUGGGAUUCGGGCAAGAGUGAAUGACGAGAAAGAGGGCGUGGAAUGGUAUGGGUGUGACAGGGCAAAGGAUUGUAAACGGAGUGGAUGGUAUCAUUUUAGUUGCCUGAGUGAAAGUGAGCAGAUGUCGUUGCAAGAAAGUUUGGAUACCGGGAGUGAGUGGGUGUGCUUGUUUUGUUCUGAAGAAUAAUACAAAUAUGGUUGUUAUAUGAGUACCGUAUGUUUCAUCAUCAUCAUCAUCAUCAUCAUCAUCAUCGUCGUCGUCGUUGUCGUUGUCGUGGUCGUAGUCGUUUUGUCAUCGUCACCUUUUCAUCCAACAUCACAUUCAUUUUAUUAUCAUGUUCAUAUAUAUAUAUAAUUAUAUAUUGUGAUAUUGUGAUAUUUGUACAUAUUGUACGAGUUAAUUUUGUAUCUGUGUUUUUUUAUCAAUUCAUAUUGCUUAAUUAUUAAACAUGAAUUAAACUUAUGUUAUGGUUACGGUUUUAUUCUCAUGUGACGCGAUUUAUAAAUAAUUAAUAAUUUGAAGAAAUUGAAUAUGCAGUCGUAAAUUACGGGGUUUAAAUUUCUCAUAAAUGCCUUAGUUUAUGUAAAAAAAUCUUCUAAAUGUAUUAGAAUAAUCUAAUAUUAUGAUUAUUAAAUAAACAAAUAAAAAACACAUGAUAACCACCUAAAAACCACCGCGUUAUCGUUUUGUCGGAAACUGCUUCUCAUCACAAGCAAAUCAGAACGGUGUAAGUACCCUCUUGGCGCCCCUACUAGAUACACUAUAUGUGACGUCACACAUUUUAAAAAUAUACCGAUAAUAGCAUCUUGAGCUGCAGUUUUAUAAAAUAUGAACUUUUUUAGUAGGCAUUUAAACACAUAUGAAUAAUUCAACAAAAACCUUG